AUGGCUUAUAUAAAAUGUAAAGUUUGGCAUUUUCAGAAAGAUGAUGAUAUAGAUCUAAAAAGUCACCACAAAGCAAUAAAAGCAGGAUGUAGGUUCUAUACAGUCAAGGCAUUGAUAGAUACAUCAUCUAGUAGAAAUAAAAUUCGAAAAAGCUUGGUUGAUAAGCUUGAAAUGGAGUACACUAAAUAUAAAGAAGAAAACAGAUUGGAAUGUCUAGAUUUAUCUUUCCGAUACAAGGAGGAAGAUAGGUUAGUAUCUACUAAUGGUGAUGAUGUUUUUAAUGAUUUCGUGGUUAUUGAAAAGCUGAAAGCAGACCUUGUAUUAGGAUUACCAUGCGUAGGAUUUAGUAAUAAAGCAUUAGAACUGAUAGCAGGUUCAUACUCGAAUCUGAAGUAUCUCAAUCUGUGCGAUGAUCGGUCAGAUGGCUUUAGGGGCUUUCGUGCUCGAGAGGUGGAUGAUGAAGGUCUAACUGCAAUUGCAGAUUCAUGUCAUAAAUUAGAAUAUCUAAAUAUUUCUAAUCGCACAGAGUUUUCUGAAAUAUCAAUUUGUAAUGUUAUUCGUUCUUACCCAAGGCUCCAACAACUCGACCUUAGCUAUUGUAAAAUUACCGAUGUGACUAUCAAAAAAAUUGCUAGAUCGUAUCUUAAUUUAAAAUAUCUUAAUCUGGAAGGGUGUUAUAAAAUUAGCAAAGAAGCUGUGGAUCAGCUCGUUUCACUUAAUCCAAAUAUUCAUGUUGAGAAUUUCAUGGAAACUUUGCACAGCGCCUUUCGGCUAGCACCCCCUUUUAUUAACCCACUUAGGGCUUAUCAUAUUUAUCAACAAAAUAUUCAGGAUUUGAUAGGAUCGAUCCCUGACAGGUUAGAAGGAUACGAAACAGAAAGACUUAUCAAUUUUUUGUGGGAAGAUUCUGAAUUAAGUCAUAUAGAACUUGGUGAUGGCUUUUUUACGAGACUUGAGGGGGAAAAUAUUACCGGUCAUUUAUUUCUCAAGUUAACCAGACAGGAAUUUAGAGAAUUCGGAAUGGGAUUGAGGCCAGCAUUGGAGCUUGAGGACUACAUUAAGAAGCUGUGUGACAACAUCCCCGUAGACCAGCAAAAGUUUAGCUUUGUGGACUUCAAGUUUAAAGACAUAUUAGGUGAAGGUCGCAGUGGUAAAACGCUCCUAUGUGAGUUUCGUGGUGAGACUAUCGCUUUGAAGAGCGUUGAUUUAUCAAAAGUCCCACCAUACGUCCUGGAAGAAAUGCAAAAAGAAGUCGAGAUUUAUAAAGAUCUAGAUGAUAUUCAAGGCAAGUAUAUCCCAAAGUUGAUCUGUUAUGGAUAUUACGAAGGAGGGAUGAGCUUCGUUAUCAGCAUGACCAUUGUCGGCACUUCGUUGAGCGAGCAAAAAAUAAAGAAACAGCAAAAGACAAGGGCUAUUAAGGGAUUAGAAGCGAUUCACAAGCAUGGCAUCCUCCACAAUGACAUUCGGGAGGAAAACAUCUUAAUUAAUGACAACGGUGACAUCUACCUGAUUGACUUCGGGAUGGCAAGUUGA